AUGGUGUAUCGACGAAAGGCGCCCCCAGCUGCGCAGCUGAGCACACUUCAGCAACUGCAGUUACUAUGUAAUGCUACUGCUGCUGGCCUGUCGUUUCAAGUUUAUAAUGCACAGGCACUACUUAGCCAAUUUAAAAUUCAUAAUCCUACCACGUUCGAACAGUUCACCAAAAACGCUACGCGCCAGGAGUUCUUUUCUAGCAGGCUUUUUGACGGCUCUCGUGAUGGCGCUCUCAUGACGGGUGCCCCGGCGUACGCGCUUCCGCUUCCAAAGCAUUUUAUUGAUCCAACGGAGGCGGCGGAGAGUUUAGUGCAGCGUGUUUUCUACCACGGCUCCGCGGUGAAAAGUGCCUCGGAACUCCGCGGGGGAAGCUACUUUCCGCGUUGCGGACUCACAGGCUCGUUUUUUUCCCGUGAAGAAGUUGUGGAUAAUCUCCAAGCAGCUGCAGCGGAACUUGAGUUCAAAUCACCGUUUUGGAUUCGAAGUGACCACCCGGCACUUGGUGACUUUCUUCACCUAAAAGACGGUAGCGAGGCCAUCUGUUUGAGUUUAACGGCAGCUGUGGUGAGUUUGGAAGAUGUGGGUCCAUUUGACGAGGAACUCCUCCACCCCCUGUUGCGGCGGGCGUGUAGACCCAAUGGACGCAUUUUUGAAAAGGACGUACCGUUGGGAAUGAAUGCGUUGUCUGGGUUUAUCACUAAGAAUCCUUUUGUGCAACAGUUGCCCAAUCGAGGAGUUUGGUUGUCCCAGGAUCAGGUCCUUCUUAACGGUCUUCAGCUACGAAAGAAGAAAGGUGCCUCUUCUGAUAAUCCUUUUGUGUUUGUAGAGGUAGAACAGUGGGAGAUGCACAAUGCAGACCAAUUAACUGUUCCUGGACGGUUGGCGCUGCAUAAGCCUUUGUCCAAAGAUGCUGAAUCCACGUGCAUAUUUUCUUAA